AUGAGAAAUUAUCCAUGCCCAUCCAGGGACUACGAUCACCACUCCAUCAGCCUCACCCUGGGCGUCACCAAACGUGGUCAUUAUAAAGACCAACGACGUGGAUAUCCGCUUCUGAUCAAUUACCAAGUGCUUGACGAGGCUGAUGGUGUACCGGUUCGGGUUAUCAACGAUAUCCUCGAAGACGUGGACAAGGCGCUUUGGUACUACUCCCUCGAUAUGGCGAGUGGAUUAUGGGUCGUGUUCAUGACGCCGCGGGCGAGACUGAUCUCAGUAUUCAUCACGCCAUUCGGUUUAUUCGAGUGGGUGAGAAAUGCCGCUUGGUCCGACGACCUUCUCGUGACUGGAGACAUGUGGGGCAGCAUGUGUAACAAGGACGAAAAGAUGCUGGAUCCAAAAGCUACUGGGCGGCACAAAGUGAACUACCUGGGCCUGCAAGUGUCGACAGACGGGUUGGGGGCGAAGCCGAAAGACCUCGAAGCCUUCUCGAAUCUCCCCUGCUGCAACGAGGACUUUGCAGUCUAUGCAGCGAUCUUGUAUGAGCUUCGGGAAGUAUAUUACUACCCAAGCGCACGGUUGCAGUUGACCGGGGAGCCGGAGGAAGGGACAGCAUCAGCGGACGAGGAACACGAUCGGUGGACACGAUCAAUGGAUAUGUUCACUAUAUUCAAAACGAAGAUCAUCUCCACCCCGAUCUUAAAGCACUUCGGUCGGGGGCGGGCGCGAGUCAUAGCCCUCUAUGCUAACAAGUGGGCGAUCUCGGUGGCAUUAUUACAAGAACACGGCGGUGUGUAUUGGCCAGUCACCUUCACCAGUCGGACGUUAAAGACCAACGAGUUGAACUAUGGGAUCGCGGAGGCAGACCCUUAUGUGGCUUAG